GCUGUUUUAUGUGGACAGAGUGGUUGUCUACAAGAGGAAAGUACCGAGGACUGUUCCAGUAGUUGCUGGGUGGACGACAGCGUUGUUGAGGAAAAGAGAAAAUUCAGAGGUAAAGUAUGGGGGUUUUGGUGAGGGUUAUGUGGAUGAGCAGCUGAAAAUUGAUGAGAAGAACGGAAUAAAAGAGAUAGGAACAAAGCAAGGAGGAGAGAAGAAAGCGGUUAGAAGUGAUGAAGGAAGAGGGAUUGAGCAACCUCAGGCUUUUGAAGAGGAUUUCAUUGCAAAAUUAGAGGCCAAAACAGACAUGCUAGCUUCAAUAGCAAUUGAAAUGGUCACUUUGAUUGAAGCAGCACCAAGUCAUGUUCGAGACAAAGGAAAUGUGGGUAGAAUCCUGGAAGCG